CGAGCGCACGGCGGCUACGAAUGGCAAGACCCAAAGUCGGAGGAUGAAGUCGUCAAUUUUACAUUCGUCAAGAGGGACGGCGAGCGUGUACCAAUCCGUGGCAAGGUGGGCGACAACGUCCUGUACCUGGCCCACCGCUACAACAUUGAACUUGAAGGCGCCUGCGAGGCCUCCCUGGCCUGCUCCACCUGCCAUGUUUACGUCAGCGAGCCCCACUUUGACACCCUUCCGGAACCCAAAGAAGAGGAGGAUGACAUGCUCGAUCUCGCUGCCCUCCUCCGCGACAAUUCCCGUUUGGGCUGUCAAAUCAUUCUCAACCAUGACCUUGAAGGCAUGGUCCUAACCCUGCCCGAAUACACCCGAAACUUUUAUGUGGAUGGCCAUGUUCCUCAACCCCACUAA